GAGCGGGAGGAGGAGAGGUCGCAGCCGUCUCCAGGAGCCCUUAGAGACCGAGUCCCCGGCGGCGGCGGCGGCGGCGGGGCCAGCGCACCGGCAGGCGAAUUCAUCCUACCAUUGAAAACCUGAAAACGUUGGACCACACAAGGUCUUACUGAUUUCAGGGAAAAACAACCAUUGAAGAUGUCCAGCAAAACAGCAAGCACCAACAACAUAGCCCAGGCGAGGAGAACUGUGCAGCAGCUGAGACUAGAAGCCUCCAUCGAAAGGAUAAAGGUCUCAAAGGCAUCAGCAGACCUCAUGUCCUACUGUGAGGAGCACGCCAGGAGUGACCCUUUGCUGACAGGCAUACCGACUUCAGAAAACCCUUUCAAGGAUAAAAAAACCUGCAUCAUCUUAUAGUGGAAGAGUGGGACCAUUCCUUGCCUCUUCCCAACAAAGCAAAUCCUGAGCAGCUCCUUGAAGAGAUUUGCCUCCAGCUUAUUUGGUAACCACUGCUAAUAACUAAAAUGCUCUUCUCUUGGAAUAAUAGACUCUAAAGUCUUUAUUUUCCAAGUUGCCCUUUCUUUAAAAUGCCCUUUACUGAUUUAAUACAGAAUAACAAUCUUGUUUUCCAUUUGGUAACUAUGGUAUUACUUUGGGUUGCUGUUUAAGGAGAGUUGGCCUGGGCCUUCUUAAAAACACAAUUAUAUAUUUCAUAUAUACAGUUGAUUCAGAUAUGUCAAGACCUAAAUUGCCUGAGCACCUGUCAAAUUAAAAUGCCAAGAAUAACUUCAGUCCUGAAACCUUUAUAUCAUAUUCUAUCCUUAAUAAGGUUUGUGCCAACCUGUAUAGUGUACAAGGGAGAGGGGUGUAUUUUGUAUAUGUAUGUCUUUGUAUGUACACAUAUCAAAGCUUUUUUCCUCAUCAAAACUCCCCUCUCUAUGUAACAUCGUUCCUCAACUCCAGAAGUUGUAUUUAUCUUCAGCUGUGUAGGUAGAAUAAAAAUUAUUUUCAUAUAGUUAUUGUGCAAAAAAAUAAAGAAAGAGCAUCCUAAAGAUUAUAUUCAUUGUGAUCAGGUGAUACAUCAUCUCUCCUCUCUUGAAAUCUUGCUGGACCUCUUAGGUGAUAAUGAACCAUGCCAAUUAAAAACUGAAACUGAACUGAAAGCCCUUUGAUAAGGUAUUCAUUCAUAGGGAUCCUUUUGGGCUUCAGCCAUCUUGAGUCUAAAAAAGGGGAGGGAACCCUUAGUAGCUGUGCUCUCCCAGUUCCUGAUUGCUGCUGGGUUAGGGCUAGCCACCUCUGAAAUUUCUGCCCUGGUGAUUAGAAUAAGACAGUGAAUAGUGAGCCUGGCCAAGGGGAACAAACAUGUAUGAAAACCAACUGCUCUUCUCAGCCCAGAUUUCCAGUUUUCCCCCCUCUUCUCUAUUCACCUUCCCUGAAUCUUCCCUCUGCUGCUCGAUUAUUUGUUUUUAGAGGUGACAGUCCCCUCCCAGCCUCACAAGGAUGGGACAUGAUGGGAAAGAAACAGACUUAAAACGUUAAGGUAUCAAGACACCUAUGCUCUCCCCAGAUGUCUGCAGUUUCAAUUCUGCUUGUCCAUAGACCCUCCAAGGGGGACUACAAGCCUCCCAGGAGGGGCUUGGGCUCAGCGGUACACUCCUUGGACCCUAGGGUCCCAGCAGCUGCACAUGGAGUUCCUCAGCCUUCCUCUGGACAAGAAGAUAGCCCUAUGUCCUCAAGAUGUCCAGUGGGAAAGCCAGAGGCAUGCAUCUCCUCUGGCCAAAGAGGAAUCUUGACUUUCUCAAAGAGGAAGGGAGGGUCCUUUUUAAAUGCUUAUUUAGGGGCCCAUACCAUACUGAGGAUUUGAUACUUUAAUCCACCUUCAGCUCAUUAAAAAUAACUACUGGGCUGGGGAUAUAGCUCAGUUGGUAGAGUGCUUUCCUGGAAAGCACAAGGCCCUGGGUUCAGUCCCCAGCACCAAGAAAAGAAAAAAAGUAACUACUAAGGAAAGGUUAAAAACUUAAUCACAAAGGAUUCAACCCUGAGAAAGAAUUAUUUACAGUGAUUUUCUUACCUGUGUACAAUCUGCCCUGAAAAGCAAAACCCUUUUAAAAUCCAACGUCCUGGGCUUGAGCGUCAUGCUCAUUGGUGGUGAGCAAAUACAGUCCUGUUUUUAAAUGGCUUGAACAGUCAGUAUUUCUCCCAGUCACCUGUCUAGUCAGCACUGUGAACUGACCCUGUGAAAGUCACAGCACUGCCCUCAACCUUUUGUCACCUACUGCUUGGUUCUGCAAAACACUCAGUCCCAAGUGAAUUACAAGCUUCUGCAUAGGAGAGAAAGUGUUUACCUUUCAAAAGGUGAAAUUGGAAAUAUACACUAAAGAGACAACUUUACAUUUAAUGCUUCACUUAAUGAGACAUUCUUUUUUUAUAAGCAUUUUUUCUACUGACAGUUUCAGAAUACUGAUUAUUUUCACUCUGAUUUUUAACAUGUUUCUUUAAAUAUUUAUAGCACAACUUACUACAGAAUCUUUUCAUGAAAUCAUUCUUACUAUACCAUCUUGUGCACAUUACCAGUAGCAAGCGUACUUUAUUCUUUAGCACUAAAACAUAGUCUUUUGCCUAAUAGAAAACAAGCAGGUUUUGCUAUGUAUUUGUUAAUAAGCUUGUUGUAAUAAGAAAUGGGCUUGAGGUUCCAGGAGAUUUCAUUUUAUUUUUACUGGUCAGAUGGAAUAAAGUCUGUAAGUAUAAAUGUCAGGUAAUUUCCUAACCAGGUGUAGGGCAUGUUCAUUAAAAAAUGAAAUCAAAUUGUCCACAUUUUCCAAGAGGGGAAAAAUUGUAGCCACAUGUUGAUUUCUUAUAACUAGAUACUAUGUGAGGAAAAUAUAAUAUAUGUAUACAUAUAUAUGAUAUGCAGAAGUCACUUUUAUUUAUCUGGUCUGUUCUACUUGUGAAGUCACAGUUAAACUGUCUGCAGCAGUUGGUUUGUGAUAAUGGUAAGUGCCAAUUUGUGUUAUUUUUUUUCUGCUACCACUAUAAUGACACACUUAAAUAUAUACAGGCAGCUUCUUGGCUUCAUUCCCAUUGAACUAUUUAAAAAACACUCAAUAUAUCUUGUCUUUAAUGCUGCUUCUGUUAACAGUGAUCUCGUUCCUUUUUCAUUCCUAUAUUUUCAUUAGUUCAUCAUAAAUUUGUCCAGUUGAGGUCUCAUCACCACGGCAAGAUGGGGUAGGCCAAACACAUGACUCCAAAGUAUUUUACAAAAACACUUUUUUUUUUAAAUAGGGAAAAUACUUUAUAUACAAGGUGGUUCACAUGGGUUGUAGAUAAAUACUUUUUUUUCCUUUUCUAAAAAAAAAAAAAAAAUCAGGUUUUUAAAUUCUUUACCUUAUUAAAGUGAAAAGUACCUUACUUACUUUUUAAAGGAAAGGCCUGUUUUGUGGUCUCCAUGUUUGGACUGUGUGUCUACUUUACUAAUCUUUAAAUUAUCAGGAAAAAAAAAAAAAAAAAAACUUUGUACCAAUGAUUUGGUAAUUUUGAGGCUUAGAUUAAUUUCCAUAGUAGAAGAUGUGACAAUUUUCUCUUCAGAUUCUGUCUUUUCAACCAAUUUAUAACUAAGGUAGUAACAUCUGACUGAUCCCUCUGAGUUUUAUUUAAGAUAUAUACAGGUCCAAGAAGUGAAUAACAACAGUACAUUGCAGGCAUUUCUUGAUGAAAUCAAUGUAAUACCAGAGUAUACUAUGAAUUGUAUUGAUCUAUUUCAUGAUAAUAGAUCAGUAGGAAAAGAUACAUCAAAUCAAAUCAAAUAGUUAUGUAAAUAUAUUAAAAUAGAGCACUGACCUAAAAUCAGUGGCCUGAUAUUUAACCUUCAAUCAUUUUCUAGCCUAUCCUGUUAUCAUCUUACUUUGGACAAGGCUCUUCAUCUCUCUGGGCCUCCAUUUUCCCAUUUGUAAAAUAAGGGGCUGGCAGCAGAUGGCCCCCGAGAUCCCUUCCUGUCCCAGAUGCCUUGUUCAAUACCACUGCCCCUCUGCUGGUCCUGCCAACGUGUUGGUGCUACAAGCUACUUCAAAUAGAAACGGUUUGUCUAUAACGUGUGCUCCCUUGAUAGCUUAUGAAAGGCCUUUUUGUUAUACAGUGCUUUUUUCCUAAUUUUACAGACUUGGUUACUGUAAUGAUGUUUUUAGCCAUGUAACUACAAACACUUACUUUCUUGAUAUCUGGGUAAAUUUGCAUUUGAUAUAUUGUUGGUGAGAUUUUGUUGUUUUGUAACAUUCUUUGGCUACUCAUCUGUCCAGCAUCUUAUUAACCUUAACACUGUGAUCAUUGUUUAAAAUAUGUUCUAUGGAAAGAAUAAAAGCAUUUACUUCACAGCUAGCAUGUUCACAGAUUUGAAAGAAAGUGUAUUAAAAGCACUGUUGCUUUUGUUACUGAGUCAGUGCCUCGUAUCGUUUUGCCCAUGUUGCUCAAUAAAUUAAUAAAAGACCAUUUCUCUUCAUUCA